AUGGAGCUUGUCGCGAUUCAGGAAUUUGACGAGGUGGAAGAGCGUAUAUCAAUUGUUGUCAUUCUCUACAUGGUGUGGCGUGAUGAGCGAAUGUCGUGGAUUCCGGAGAAGUAUAACGGUACACAACAAGUAACGAUUCCGUCAAACCUUGUUUGGACGCCUGACGUCAUUCUGACGUCAGCGGUUGGAACGAUGAAGCCAAUCGGAUCCGAUCAGGGCUGGCUAACGGUUAGGUAUGACGCAGAUGGUAGCGCGUUAUGGACACCCGGGGACGGAUUUGUGUCAAGCUGUGCAUUGAAUGUAAUCUUGUUUCCAUUUGAUAAACAAGUAUGUAGUUUUGCGUUCAUUACGUGGGGACAGCUGGCGAGUGAAGUGGUGCUAAAUCACAUGGAGGACACUCUUCUGACAUCUUUCUACCAGGGGAAUAGCCAAUGGGAGAUAGCUGCGUCACAUGUGGAAUCUGGAGCCACGGCCGGUGGAUUCUUUUCACACUUCACAGUAACGAUCGAUCUUCAGAGACGUUCGAAGUUUUUCGUGACAAACUUUGUUAUCCCGGAAGACAUCAGUGCCAACAUGGGUUGCCGCCGUUACCAGAAAACUGGUACGCAUUUCCGGCCAACCACCAUGAAAUUCGUAUUCUGUCUCCUCGUCUUGUUGCCCCUGGCCUUCUGUGUGGAGGACAGGUUCAUUCUGGAUUCGUUUGGUCUCUCAGCGACCGACAUUGCCCACAAGAUAUGUGCGGUACUUGCGUCUGACGGUGGGGAGACGACUUGCGAGGCGGCCUGCAGCACCGUGGCCAGCGCUGUUCCCGGGGCUAGUCUUCUGUGUCCCGCAGCAUGCCAUCUAAUCCAGAGUGGGUCUCACUCCUGUGCGUAA